GGCGCCGCAUCAUGUGGGCUCGCCCAGCCCCUCGCGAGGAGCCGGGCCGCUGCCGCUGCUACCGCCUCCUCCUCCUCCUCCAGUGCCCGGAGUCUCCCGCUGUCUGGGCUGGUUCCGCCAUGAGGCGCUGAGACCCGAGGCAGGGGAGCCGCGAGGAGCCCGUCGCCCAGCGGCUGAGGGGGCCGAGCGGCCGGGUGGACGCCGAGCCGAGGCUCCCCGCACGGUUCCGUCCCGCGCGGGGCGGCCGAGACCAUGUAAAGCGGCCCCAGCCCGAAGAACCAGCCCCGGACGACGGGGAAGCAGCAGCUGCUGCCGCCGCCGCCGCCGGCUUGUGAAGGCCCCGCAAGGCGCCUGUUUCUCUCUGUGUGUUGUGUGUUUUGUGGGGAACAUGGCGACGUCUAAUCUGUUAAAGAAUAAAGGUUCACUUCAGUUUGAAGACAAAUGGGAUUUCAUGCGCCCCAUUGUUCUGAAGCUUUUGCGCCAGGAAUCUGUCACGAAACAGCAGUGGUUUGAUCUAUUUUCGGAUGUGCAUGGCGUUUGCUUGUGGGAUGAUAAAGGCCCAGCAAAAAUACACCAGGCUUUGAAAGAAGAUAUCCUUGAUUUUAUUAAACAAGCACAAGCAAGAGUGCUGAGCCACCAAGAUGAUACUGCAUUACUGAAAGCCUAUAUUGUAGAGUGGCGUAAAUUCUUCACGCAGUGUGAUAUCUUACCCAAGCCAUUUUGUCAGUUAGAGAUUACUCUCAUGGGCAAACAAGGCAGCAACAAGAAGUCCAAUGUAGAAGACAGUAUUGUACGAAAGCUCAUGUUAGACACUUGGAACGAAUCCAUAUUUUCAAAUAUAAAGACUCGCCUUCAAGACAGUGCAAUGAAGCUGGUCCAUGCUGAAAGGCUAGGAGAAGCAUUUGACUCUCAACUUGUCAUUGGUGUUAGAGAAUCGUAUGUUAAUCUGUGUUCUAAUCCUGAAGACAAACUCCAGAUUUAUCGGGAUAAUUUUGAAAAAGCAUACCUUGAUUCAACAGAGAGAUUUUAUAGAACUCAAGCCCCUUCGUAUUUGCAACAAAAUGGUGUUCAGAAUUACAUGAAAUAUGCAGAUGCUAAAUUAAAGGAAGAAGAAAAAAGAGCACUACGGUAUUUAGAAACCAGGCGGGAAUGUAACUCUGUAGAAGCGCUUAUGGAGUGCUGUGUGAAUGCUCUGGUGACAUCUUUUAAGGAGACAAUUUUAGCUGAAUGCCAAGGCAUGAUCAAGCGAAAUGAAACGGAAAAGUUGCAUCUAAUGUUUUCAUUGAUGGAUAAAGUUCCUAAUGGAAUAGAGCCUAUGUUAAAAGAUUUGGAAGAGCAUAUCGUUAGUGCUGGGUUAGCAGAUAUGGUAGCAGCCGCUGAAACUAUUACUACUGAUUCUGAAAAGUAUGUAGAACAAUUGCUCACAUUAUUUAAUCGAUUUAGCAAGCUGGUUAAAGAAGCUUUUCAAGAUGACCCAAGAUUUCUUACUGCCAGAGAUAAGGCAUAUAAAGCUGUUGUUAACGAUGCCACAAUAUUUAAACUUGAAUUACCAUUGAAACAGAAGGGAGUUGGACUGAAAACACAGCCAGAGUCCAAGUGCCCGGAGCUGCUUGCGAAUUAUUGUGAUAUGUUGUUGAGAAAAACACCGCUAAGCAAAAAACUAACCUCUGAAGAAAUUGAAGCAAAGCUUAAAGAAGUGCUAUUGGUGCUCAAGUAUGUGCAGAACAAAGAUGUUUUCAUGAGAUACCACAAAGCUCAUUUAACAAGACGUCUUAUAUUGGAUAUAUCAGCAGAUAGUGAAAUAGAAGAGAAUAUGGUAGAAUGGCUGAGAGAAGUAGGUAUGCCAGCAGAUUAUGUAAAUAAGCUGGCGAGAAUGUUCCAGGAUAUCAAAGUAUCUGAAGAUUUGAACCAGGCUUUCAAGGAAAUGCACAAAAAUAAUAAGCUGGCCCUACCAGCGGAUUCUGUGAAUAUCAAAAUUUUGAAUGCUGGGGCCUGGUCCAGAAGUUCUGAAAAGGUUUUUGUAUCGCUGCCCACGGAAUUAGAAGAUCUCAUCCCUGAGGUGGAAGAGUUCUACAAAAAGAACCACAGCGGCAGGAAACUUCACUGGCAUCACCUUAUGUCCAAUGGAAUUAUAACUUUUAAGAAUGAAGUUGGCCAGUAUGACUUGGAGGUAACAACGUUUCAGCUGGCUGUGCUUUUUGCCUGGAACCAAAGACCUCGAGAGAAGAUCAGCUUUGAAAACCUUAAACUGGCAACAGAACUCCCUGAUGCUGAGCUCAGGAGAACUUUGUGGUCGCUUGUAGCAUUUCCAAAGUUGAAACGUCAGGUUUUGUCAUAUGAACCUCAAGUCAACUCACCCAAAGACUUUACUGAAGGAACCCUCUUCUCAGUGAACCAGGAGUUCAGCUUAAUAAAAAAUGCAAAAGUUCAAAAGAGAGGUAAGAUAAACCUAAUUGGUAGACUUCAAUUAACUACAGAGAGAAUGCGAGAAGAGGAAAAUGAAGGGAUAGUCCAGUUAAGAAUAUUACGGACGCAGGAGGCUAUCAUCCAAAUAAUGAAAAUGAGGAAGAAAAUUACUAAUGCUCAGCUUCAGACUGAACUAGUAGAGAUAUUAAAGAACAUGUUCUUGCCACAGAAGAAAAUGAUAAAAGAGCAGAUUGAAUGGCUUAUAGAACACAAAUAUAUCAGAAGAGAUGAAUCAGAUAUCAACACUUUUAUAUACAUGGCAUAGCUUGAAGACUCUCUUACUGGAAGAUGCCAAGGAAAUGUGCAUUGGAGAUGGCUUGAGCAGACAACUACAAGAAAAUGAACUGUGCUGAGAAAGGACUUGUUUGACUUGUAUUACAUAUUCAAAUCCCUGCCUUACCUUACCAGAGGACUUUGUUUUGCCAACCUUUUUUUUUUCAGCUAGCAUGAUGGCGCUCCCUUCAUGUUGCACAGGUUUUUAACAGCAUGCUGUUUUUGUGAGGAAACUUUGCAUUCAUUCAGAGCCCGUUGUGAUAUUUUUUUAGAUUUCAAUUGUACCCACCUGGAAGAGAACAGAUUUGGGGUUUCUAGAUGAACAGUACCUUGCACAAGGAAAAUAUCUUCAAAACCCAUGCACUGAGGGUUGUCACAUUUUUAAGAAAGCAGCGAGUAGGACUAGAUGUAGCAGUUCACACUUUGUGUUUUGGAUCAACAGCCUCCUUUUGAUCCAUUUUUAUGUACAAUAUUUGAGCAAGACACAAAUAGCAUCACAGCUGAAGAUACAUAUUUAUCUUUGGGCUCAAGCAAAGUGCUUCAGUAUAACUGAAUUUGGAUACUGAGACACAAGUGAUGUUAAGCAGGCUAUAUCCUGUUUGUCACUUUUUUUUACAAAACUUGGGUAAACAUUUGUUUCUUGGACAGAUGACUUCAUUCCCUUCCUUUUUAAAAUAAGAGGUGUUGCUUUCCCUUGAUUAUGGCUUCACCCUUAAGAACUGUGUUUCAUGGAUGGAUCUGUUUAUGGUGAAACAAAAUGAAAUAUUAAGUGUAUCUCUUUGUACAUUUAAUAUAGUAUGCUUGCGUAAAUCUGAAUGCAUUAAAAAUAGCCAGUGCACAACUUAUCCAAAAUAGGAAUUAACAUUUUGACAACCCCUAUAUAUUUCUUCCUUGAUUAUUUAUUUGAAAAUCUCUAAAUGUUACAUUUUUUUUAAUACAGUUCUACUCUGGCGGGGGGUGGGGGGGAUCAACUGUGUGGAAUAUGAUAAUUCUUUGACCUCCUAGACCAGCUCCACAUAUAUAUGCUGACAGAUUGUCAUAAAUCUGACUGUUCUACAAAAAAGGAAAAAAUGCUGCCACCCGGCUUCCAUUUGUUUCAGUGAGCCCCCACUGAUGGAAUGUGCACAUCCCCCCCUUUCCCUUGAUAAAAAUCUUCCAGAGACUUAAAGCAAUGCACAUUAAGGCUUAGGGCUAAAGAGUGCUUUACUGAGGGCAAGAGAACUGCCACACCACAGCAAGAUGCUAGUCAUUUUCAGAGUUAACUGCCAAGUCUCCAGCUGCUUUAAAAUGUCCAUGAAGAGUCAAGCUUCCUGCCUUAGCAUUACUAGUGUGUGUGGGGGGGGAAAUUACCUAACGCCAGUUCAGCUUUUACCAUACCCUAUUCCUAAAGGUUAUGCCUGGGGAAAGCAAUGUUGCAAAACGGCCUUUAAACUUUUAGCAGUCUAGAGCAAUUGUCUUUCCUUCUUAAAGUUAGUGAUUAUGCUUACAGGUUGGAAAGUGAAAUAGUAACAGAUAGCUGUGUGGGCAGAGUGAAAUUGGAAAUGGUUGCUGUAUUUUACCUAUAAUGGGGCUCCAAAGGUAGUCUACCCAUCCACAGACAGAGGUUGGUACUGGCGCCCUUAAGUGAUCAUAAAUAACAUACCAGUGUGGGUGGGGAACUGUAUGUGCUUUGGAAUGGCAGAGACUGACAAAUGUGCAUGGAAAUGCAAAAGUGGCAGAUGAAAACAGGCAGUGAUUUAAAAACCUCACUUUCUGCACUUAAUGUGCACAUUUUUAUUGUGGAUCAGAGGAUAAUGUUUUUUAAAAAUUAACAUAGAGUUGACAUAAAGUUAACUUCCAAGUUAACAUAGAAUUGUUGAAUUUCAGCAUCAAAAUUUUAUGGGCAAGAAUUUAAAAAAAAGUUUUACAUACUUGUCAAGCACUCCUUGUUAAAGGGAAAGACAACUAAAAUUGAUCCCCCAGAAGUCUACAUGCUACAGGGUUUCCAAAACUGCAUUUGGUUUGGAAGUUGGUUUGGAAAUGGGUAGAAAAGGGCAAUUUUUUAAAAUGUUUGUACAUAUUUCUUGAAUACUUUGAUGAGAGUGCUUUUGAAUUGUAUGCUUCCCAUUAAUUUGUAUUGGAGGCAGUAGGCAUGACACAUUAAAUAUAAAACCAGCUUUAAACUUCAUAUUUAAUUUCUUGGUAUCGUUCAGACACUAGCAGCCUGAUUGUCAAAAAAUAUUCCUUUCCCUAUUUUUAUUCCUAGCAGUGCAACUACUUUGGAACUUUGGAAUUAGGGGCUAGGAUGUAAAUGACCACCAUGAACUUCAUUUGUGACUAUUCAUAAAGCCCUCCCACCAGCCCCUUGUUCUCCCUAAAAAGAGUGCAGUACAGUGGCCUGUACUUCAAAAGGAAAAUUGCCAAAAAGAAAAAGAAAAGAAAAAAACUCAGAAAACCCAUCCACAUGCAGAAGCACUUUAAGGAUCACAUGAGGCUGUUUGGAUCUUGCCAUUUUCAGAGUCUGUCUUGCUCAUUUACAUAGCAGCAAAAUUCACAGUGCCCUUGCGUCUCCAUCUCUUACGGUUAUUUCUUACACAAGGUACCUAAAUGUUUCUAGGACCAGGGGAAUUACAACGGACAAUGUGCCUAUAACUUUAUUCAGUUUUUUUUCUUUUCUUUUUGUGUACAUUGGAUCAGGAUGUCAUGUAAAACACUGAAUCUGAAAAAUCACACCAGCAAUUUCCUUACAGCUGCAGAAUCACAUUUAGCGUUCUCUUGUCAGGACACUUUUCACCAAGAUGCCCUUAAGGCUAAAGCUUAUCAGGAAGAGAAACAAACUGGUUUAAAAAUGUAUGCAGAAAUAGGAAAACAUCCAAAUCUAAGAAUGAACUGAAUCAUCAGUCAUUGCAAUAUGGCAACAUGGCACUUUUAAAUCUUGAUUUUUAGCUUUGGAUAUUUUUCUCCAAAGACCUAGCAUAAAGAGGUGCUGCUUCUGAAAAAUGUAUGUUGCCACAAGCACUGCCAUUGUGGUUUGUAUUAAGUAAUACUCUAGAUGUGAAAAAUAAUGUAGGUUGCGUUGAUUUUAAACAUAGUUGUUAAAACAAAACAAAAAAACUUUUGUCACAACAUAUGAGGCUCAUACUUAAUUUUGAAGUCUUCCAUUUCCCCCCUUUAUCCUACUGGUGUCCCUUGUUUUCUACCUAUUCAUUUGUUCAAAGCUGUUGUUGGAGCAUAGUGAAGUUUAACUUAACUGAGUGGUGGCUUCCCCCUUUUGGGGGGAAAGAAAGUAACAUGGCCCGGGUAGUUGAAUACUUUGGAUUUAUUUGCAUUACAGUAUCCGUUGUAAAAGGUACAAAUUUUAAAAAUGCAGCUGAGAGAAAUAUUUGAUAGCUUCAUGGAAAGAUUUGGUAUCUUAAGCGCAAAACUAUUUUCUAUUUUCAUGGAACUGGCUGGGAUCCUAUCUUUGUAAAUUCAAGGUCAUAUUUGUGAAAUAAAACAAUACACAAGA